CGAGACUAAGCUUGCGACCUGGCCCGUCUUGAUUAACCAGAGAAUUCCCCCCACUCCAUUGUCUUCUAGCCCCGCCCUCCAUUGGGCACGCCCUUCACCCUGCCCCACGCCCCUUAUUGGCCCCAGAGCACGCCCUCCCGAUCUCUGGGUUCCCAUUGGCUCUUCUCCCACAGUCACCUCUUUCCAAGAGUUCUUAUUGGUGUGGGCCACACGCUCUCAUUUGUCACCAGACCCCGCCUUCAGCAGUCAGGGUCUCCACCCCUCACCUUGCAUUCAUUCAUUCUGCGACUGGGAUGAGAGGGUAAAUCACACCCUCCCUGACCUCGGGGAGUUCAGGGCACGGUGGGGGAACAUGGACCUAGCCUCCAGCCGUGACAGCCUAGGGCUGUCAAGAAGCCAUCAAGACCCUGGGAGCCUGUACACAUCGGGAAGGCUUCCUAGAGAAAGUGAGGCCUAAACUGAGCCCUGAAAAAUGGUUAAGAGGUUACUCCAGGGACACAUUGGCCAAAGAAUUCUUGGCAGAAGAACCUGAGGCAUGAAAGAAACAGAUGGAGGAAUAGCAGCAUGUAUUUGUGCUGACGGAGAGGAUCCAGGGGCGAGGAAGACUGGUGGUGUAGGAUCAAGGAGAAAUCCUGGAGCAGAGUCCCUGAGCAGGCGAGGGAGCUCAGAGGCUGAAGUCUUCAGUCAGUCUCUGGGGAGAGGGCGAAUUGCACUGAGCCCUGGCACACGGUCAGGGAAGUCAACAGUGUGGGAAGUUGGAAAGACCCAGCUGGAUGUAACCCUCAGGACAGAAUGGUGCUGGACUCAGGGGCUCAAGUGUAUGAGCGGGCACCCCCCAGCCCACCUGUCAGUCCUCCGUGUCAGCGCCACAGGUUGAAGUCCUCAAACCGAAAUGCACCGCCACCCCUGUACCCCUGGCCUCAGUCCCUGGCUAUGCCUUUGGCUCUGGCAGUUCCCUCGGCACUACAAUCCCAGCCCAUGUGGCAGACCUUCUCAAAGCUGCAACUGGGACAGCGUAGCCACAUGCGUCGCAGUGAGAGCUCCUACAGUGUAAACAGCACUGGCCAGCGGAGGCCAGGCAAAACUCCACUUGGACGGGGAUGUGAUCCAGGUGGAGGGGCCCUGCGGCCCGCAGCCUCCUUACCGCACAUUGCUAAGACACGAAAGGACAUAGGCAACGGUAGCAGCAAGAGCCCCUGCAUGUUAGUGGCCCUGCGACCGACCAACAUGGACCAGGAACGGGAGAAGUUCUUCCAGUCCCACUACACCUACAACCCCCAGUUCGAGUACCAGGAGCCAAUGCCAAUGAGUGUGCUGGAGAAGUACCAGGAGGCCUCUGGACAGUUCAUCCAUCAGGCAGUUGGCAUCAUCGAGGCUGUCCUGGAGAAGUUUGGCACUUAUGAACACUUUGAGGCUGCCACAGGGGGCCAGCUGCUGACCAAGUGCCAGAUUUGGUCCACUGUGCGCAAAUACAUGCAGAAGGAGGGCUGUGUUGGGGAGGUUGUGGUGCAGCUGAGUGAGAACUUGCUGUCCCAGGCAGUGAUGAUGGUGGAGAACAGCCGACCCACACUGGCCAUCAACUUGACUGGAGCCCGCCAGUAUUGGUUGGAGGGCAUGCUGCGGCAUGAGAUAGGCACCCACUACCUGCGUGGCGUGAACAACGCCCGACAGCCAUGGCACAGCACCGAAGGCAGACUGCAGUAUGGGCUUCAGCCGGCCAACCCCACUGAGGAGGGCCUGGCCAGCCUGCACAGUGUGCUGUUCCGAAAGCAGCCAUUCCUGUGGCGCGCAGCCCUGCUCUAUUACACCAUUCAUCAGGCUGCGCACAUGUCCUUCCGUCAGCUCUUCCAGGAUCUGGCGCAAUAUGUGCAGGAUGAGACUGUGCGCUGGGAAUACUGCGUCCGUGCGAAGAGAGGACAGACGGACACCUCCCAGCCAGGUUGCUUCAGCAAAGACCAGGUUUACCUGGAUGGCAUUGUGCGCAUCCUGCGGCACCGUCAGACCAUUGAUUUCCCGCUGCUGACCUCUCUGGGCAAGGUCUCCUAUGAAGAUGUGGACAAACUGAGGCCCUAUGGGGUACUAGAGAAUACCCGAGUGCCCCACUUUAUGAAGGACUUGGGGCGCUACCAGCAGCAGCUGGAACACAUCAUGGCUACCAACCGGCUGGAUGAAGCAGAGCUGGGCCGCCUGCUGCCCAACUGAUGUUGGUUAUAGACAGAAGCUCUCGACAGAGAUUCAACCGUGAGAGAUUGAGCCAGCAAGCCAGCGCUGUCCCUACCCUGGCCUCUUAUUUCUCAUCUGUGAAUCACAGCUGGGAAGUUCUUAUUCAUUAACUUAAUAGAUGUGUACAGAGCUCCUUGUGUAUGCGUGUGACUAGUUAGACCCUCACUGAGCUCCCAGUUCAGAGGAAAGCCAGAUAAUUAAACAGCAGUUACACUGA